GAAUACAAAUAUCGUGUUUCAAAGCUUAUCAGUUAGCUCUAAGUUAUAACCAUGGCAUAUGGAACAUGGUUGAAUUAGCGACUUCAGAUUAGGCGCCAAAUUACUCAUUAUCGUUACAGUUUUAUAACCGUAAUAUACAAAUUCUGUUGUUUUUACGUAACAAGAUUGAUGUAACUCCGGGUCGAGUUCUAUUCUGUUAUAACAAUGUUUUACGCACAUUUUGUGCUGGCCAAGAAAGGCCCCUUGGCCAAGAUUUGGUUGGCAGCUCAUUGGGACAAAAAGUUAACCAAAGCCCAUGUAUUUGAAACUAACAUAGAAAAGUCUGUGGAUGGUAUUUUGAAGCCAAAAGUUAAAAUGGCUUUACGGACUUCUGGCCAUCUGUUGCUUGGUGUUGUCAGGAUCUACUCUAGGAAGGCCAAGUAUCUUUUACAAGAUUGCAAUGAAGCAUUUGUUAAAAUUAAGUUGGCUUUCCGACCUGGUAUGGUGGAUCUGCCUGAGGAGCAUAGAGAAGCAGCCAUGAAUGCUAUAACUCUACCAGAGGUUUUUCAUGACUUUGACACGGCUAUGCCAGAAUUGAAUGAAGUGGACAUUGAAGCUCAAUUUUCCCUGAAUCAGUCUAGAGCUGAAGAGAUCACUAUGCGAGAAGAUUAUGGUUCUUUAAAUCUGGUUACCCAUGACGAUGGGUUUGGUGAUAUGGGAUUUGACACUGAUAAUCCUGACAUUAUGAGAGAAGCUAUUGGUACUGAAGGGGGUUUGGAACAGAGCAACAUUUUGUUUGCUGAUGGCUCGUCCCUGUCAAUGCAAUUAGCUGGCAAAGAACCAGGUGUGCCAAGUACAAGCGCAACUGGAGUGCCAACCCUAGCCACACCAGCUCAUGAACGUAGGAUGGAAGCAGCACCACAUGGACCCAUGGAUGAUGGAUUUGGGGGUACUAUUGGUGAUGUGGGGGAUUUUGGACACGCGGGCGGCUUGUUCGAGGGCGACCUGUUCGGCGAAGUGACGGCGGGCAGUGGCGCGGGCGGCGCCGCCGCUGGAUUGCCCGGCCUGCCUGGCCUGCCGACCUCCGCGCAGCCACAGUCGCUGCAGGCUGAGAUCGAGGCGGCGGGCGUGGGCGAGGGCGAUGCGGGCGAUGCUGCAGCUGACGCCCCUGAUUCGGAUGACGACAUGGGCGACCACUACGAUGCCGGUCACUCGCCGCCCCACAGCUGGGGCGGGUCGCCGCCGCCAGAGGGCGCGGGACGCGCGGAGCCGGCGACCGACCUGAUGCCGCCGCCCGCUCUACCGCGUCCUCCCUCCGUCAGGCCCAUGGAGGUGGACCCGACGCCAGAGGAAGGUGGCGCAGCCGGUGAGGCGGGCGCGGGAGAAGCGGUGCCGGCAGAGGGCGCGGUGUUGAGCGGAGUGGCGGCGGGAGCGGAGGCGGCCGCGGGAGUGGACGCGGACCGAGCCGCACACGACAACACUACGCUGCUGCAAAACGAAGAGGAAUCCUUUGCGCUAGCACCAGUCGAUGCCACCGUGCUCAAGGGUAUAACGAAAACUAAACGCAAACGUAAACUGAUCGUCGACGAGGUAAAGAAUAUAUCUGGAGAGGAAAUGAAAAAUCAGCUAAGCAACACAUCGGACAUAGUGACUACAUUAGAUUUGGCCCCACCGACACGGCGACUCAUGCACUGGAAGGAGACUGGAGGAGUUGAAAAACUAUUUACGUUACCUGCCAGGCCUAUACCAUCGCGGGUUCUUUUCAAGAAGUACCAGCGCAACAUGACACUGCGCAGCGAGGCGGAGGAAGUGGAGGCACGCUCGCCCGAGCCCGAGGUGGCUCGCCGACAGACCCGCAAGCGCCGACACGACGAGACGAUCCAACCGCCAGAAACACCAGCGCCGGCACCAGUUCCAGAAUUGGAGCCACCUACACCUGUACCUCAAGAAUAUGAACCCUCAGUUGAGGCGGAGCGAGAGGCAGAAGCGGCUGCAGGAGACGCGGCGCCACAUCCCUCGAUACUAAGUGGUAUGUUAAGCUCGCUGGGUCCACCAUUGACGCCUGGUGUUCUAGGACCAUUAACGCCUGGAAGCUUACUCCAAGGGGGUCUCACUCCUGGAGGCCUGCAACAUGGCUCUAUGACGCCAGGUGGGUUAGCACACGGAGGCAUGACUCCGGCAGGACUCCAACACGGGGAGGGCCAACCAAUGGAUUUAGGGUUGGCAGCGAGCGGUAUGACGCCGGCUGGAUUGCACCAUGGAGGUAUGACUCCUGGCGAUAUGAGCGGUAUUGGUGGCAUGACACCCGCGUUGGGGCUGGACAGCAUGACACCGGGCGGCCUGCAGCACGGAGGUCUCACACCUGCCGCCCUGCAUCAUGGGGGCAUGACACCAGGCGGUUUGGACCACGGUGGUAUGACACCAGGUGGUUUACAACACGGCGGCAUGACGCCCGCGGGUUUACAGCAUGGAGGUAUGACCCCGGUGGGCUUACAACACGGCGGUAUGACUCCAGCGGGGCUCCAACAUGGCGGCAUGACACCAGCUGGGCUACAACAUGGUGGCAUGACCCCAUCCGGUGUCCAGCACGGUGCGUUGCUGCAGCAUAGCAUGGAACAGCUACCGAUGAUGCCGCAGCUGGGCGCCGGCGAGCAGCUGCAGCCCACGCAUGUGCCCAUGGAGCCGCUCAUACCGCUCGACGAGCACGCAGACUACCAGACUGGAAUGCAAAUGACGAAUUUAGGGUACGACGAUCAGCAAGGGCAUCACAGUCCGCCUCACGACUACGAUCUUCCACUCACACCUGAAAAUGCGGAGGAGGGCGAGCGCGAAGCGGGUGAGACGGAUGAACAGUUCGAGGAGCGUGUACUGAACCGUCGCGCGGCACAGCUGUUCGCUGCUAUGAGGCCCAAGCUCGCCGCCGGGCUGCAGCUCUCCUUUACGGACCUCGCGCCUAGCCACAACAACAGGAAGCAGGUGGCGCAAAAGUUUUACAGUUUACUUGUGCUCAAAAAACAUCAAGUGUUGAAACUAGAACAGCAUGAGACUUAUGGACCUAUUACUAUUACCAAGGGCAAUCAGUUUGAAACUGAAGCUAUUUAAGUAGUUAUAUAACGAUAGAAAGUUAUUUAUAUUAUUUGUAAUAUAAUAACUAGUGUUUCGUGAGCUUAGCGAUAGUCAAAUCGCUAUGCUCGCGAAAUACAAACAGAGAGAAAUAUCAGAAUUAGUUUAUAUAAUGUGAGUAUGCAGUGUUUAGUUGUAAUGUUAUGGACUUACGGGACUAGGAUGAGCCAAAAAUAUUGUGUAAGUCAUCCUUUUGACUCGAGUUCAUUGAAACAUUAAUUUUUACUUUUAACUUUUGGACCAAAUAAUGUUACGAGUGUUGAUCUCAUAAAAACAGAUUGUAUUGAAGCUAUUACAAUAGUAAUAGCUUUGGCAGUUUUAUUGUACUCGAAUCAAGAGCGAAUGUGCAGUUGUGAUUCAGAUGUUAUGUUCUAUCGAUGUGACUAGUGGGGAAAUGCCUUAAUUUGUUUUGCGGUAGGUUAAGUAAGGUUAAACAUGCAGUUUUCCAUAUUAUGUAUAACAUUUGCCUUACAUUUGUCCUAUUUUGCAUAUUGUCCUACUACGCCUCAAAAGUCAAUAGGGCGUGGAUUCGAAGAUCCCUUAUUCCAAGAUAGGAGUAAUCUAAUUAUUAUUGUAAAAACGUUAUGAUAAGUUUUUCAUUGUUCUAGUUUUCAGUGGUAAUAGAGUAAAAUAAGUAUUACUAUAUUGUUACUUUUGAAUCCCAAAAUUAUGUAAGCAUGUUUUUUGGUACUAAUGAUGUGUAGAAGUAAAAUUAUGUUAUGGCUUAUACAUAUUUAUGAAAAUGUAUUUCUUCUCAAGGAAGUGUAGACAUUCAAUCUUAUUUUAUUGUGCCUUGAUACAUUUAUUUUAAUAUUUACAAAUUUGACAUUACGGCAAAUCAUUGACAUGUAACAAGUAAUUUAGAUAAAGAUCUACAACAAAUGUAAAAGUACCUCUAAUACAUAUAUAUUGCUUUUAUAUAAAAAUGUGGAGAUCCCUUGUAUUUCGUAUGUGUAUCAAUUCUGUUAGCAGCGCCGUCAUGUGCAUGUCAAUUUUAAUUGGUGCUGUAUUGCACUUGUAGAGCUAAACGAUUGUGGUUGUCGAAGUGGAGAAAGCUCUUAUAAAUACAGAUUAUCGAUAAAAUUUUAUUGUCAUGAAGCCUAUUUAUUUAUAUUAGAAACUGAUCAUGAUAAAAAUAUACACAAUGUAUUUUUCAUAUCACAUUCGUAUGCGAAUAGCAGGAUAUAACAUUGUUAACAUGUUGCAUUAAUAUUUCACAAAUUUCUGUGAAAAUUUAGUGAUAAUUAGACACCAAAUAAGUAAUUCAAUAUUAAUAUAAGAAAAACAGCAAUCAUAUUUACUACAUUUUAUACGUGGCGAAUAGAUGUGUGAAUGGUUCUAGUUUUUACAUUUCUUUGAGAACUUCAUAUAUUACGAUGAUGAGUUAUUUAAUUUGCAAAGUGAGUACAAACCGAUGAAUUUUUGGAAUUUAUUCAUUUUGUUAUACAUUGAGUCAGUAUCGUUUAAAAAAAAUAUAAAUAAAGCAUUAAGAAUGCCUGAAUACUGUUCGGCAAAGUAAAACACCUUAAAUAUUUUGUAAAACAGAAUUUAAGAGUUUACCUCUAGGAACAAAAGAAUUGAUAUUUCUUUUUUCUUUCGAGAGGUAUUCGCUUAGAUGCUUUUCAUUAAAAAAAAAAAAAAAAAAAUUGCAAUAAAUUUGUUGAUAAUACAAA